AGGAAGUUCACCAUACAUCCACUAUGAAACAGCAGGUAAUCUUUAUGAUAUUCAUAUAUGCAGCAAUCAUAUAUAUUACAACUGCACAGCAGAAAUGUACAAAAUCAGAUAUAAAAAAUCUGAAAAUUGAUAUGAAUAUUGUGAAAACAGAUGUUAUUAAAGUAUAUAAUAAACUGGACCAGAUCAAGAAUGACAUCAAAAGAGAACUGAGCGAUAAAAUUAACCAGCUGACUGAAAGUAUGAAUAAUAAAUCUGUUGAUCUGAAUCAGAAACUUGCUGAAACAUUCAACAAUAAACUAGUCGAUACGAAGAAUGACAUCAAAGGAGAACUGAACAAUGAAACUGACAAGAUGUCUGAAAGUAUAAAUCAAAGUUUUGAUGUUCUGAAUAAGAAACUGUGUGAAAAGAUAGAUUCGCAAAUGGAGCAAAUAAAUCAGAAUGAAGAAAAAUUGAGAACACAGAAGGAAGAACUGACUGAAGCUUUCAACAGUAAAUUUGUAGAGAUUAAGAAUGACAGCAAUGCCAAACUAGGCAAUGAAAUACGUAAUCUAACCGAGAAACUUACCAAGGAAAUAAAUCAAAAUGAAGAAAAUCUAAGAACACAGAUGGAAGGACUGACUGAAGCAUUCAACAAUAAACUAGUUGAGAUAAAGAAUGACAUUAAAGCUGAACUUACUAAGGAAAUCAAUCAAAAUGAAGAUAAGCUGAAUGCGAUGAAGACCCAAAAUCAAGGAACUCUUUCCACACUGACUGCUCAACUGACAAAAUCAACUUUUGAACUGAGUAAAUGUGCAUGUGAGAGGCAAAGACGUAAGUCCUUAAUGUAUUUUGUUUAAUUCUCAAUGUUGAUUACGAUAUGCAUGUUAUUGUAAGAUGUGUAACACUAAUCUUU